UUACAUGGCUGUUCAUAUACAGUAGGUACAAACCUCCAGACUGUGGCCGGUCACCAUGGCUGAGGAUGUGACUGCAUCAGACGAAACUCUAACAAGUGGUUUGACUCUGUUGGUCAACUUGGGCAACGUCCUUCUACAGAAUGCUAAGCAGGAUGCAGAAGUCUCCCUGGAGAAUUUUGUCCCACAUAAGAUCACUACUUUAUUGGGCUUAAUCACAGCUGGAGCACACUUGUACAAAAGUCUUGGAGUGAAGAAGAAGAGUGAAGCAGAGGCCAUUUGGCAAAAGUGUUAUCACAAAGCAGCAGUGAGAGAGCAGCUGGAGGUGCUUCUGCAGCUGGAGAGCGAGUGGGACUCCUUCCUGGAGAGUGUGGACAGAGGUCUGAAGACAACAGAUAGACAGUUGUCAGGAGCAAAGACGGCAGACAGCCUGAGCCCUGAUACUUCAUUUACUGACGGACGGAGUGGAGAGUGUGUAACUCUGGGUCACUACCUGGGUCAGGGUCGGAAGCUGUUACUGGUUCUCAUCAGACAUUUUGGAUGACUGUCGUGACGAGACCAUGUGGCCGAACUGCAGGCCAGCCAGGCAGCCCUGGAGGCUCAGUCAGUGUGGGUCUUGGUGGUUUCUUUUGGCUGCAUGGAGGGAGCUCAGCUGUGGCUGGAGCAGACCGGAUGUAGCUUUGACAUGCUGCUGGAUCCACAGAGGAAGAUCUACAGGAGUUUUGGCCUGUGCUCGUCCUACGCCAAGGUGAUGAAGUUCGGCUGCCUGCUGCGUUACUCAGAGUACGAAGCAGUGGGCCGAGACUUCCCUGACAUCCCCCCUCGCCUACUGGAAGACAUCUAUCAGAUGGGCGGUGACUUUCUGUUGGAUGAAGCAGGAAAGGUGCUUCUUUGCCACUCUUCUAAAACCCCUCUGGACAGGCCAACUGCGAGCGACAUCCUGCAGGCUGUGGACGCUGCAGGUUGCUCUACACACACUGCACAAUAACAUCACUACGUGGACCAGGACCUGUGAAAGGUUAACACAUCGCUGACACCACAGAGGA